GCCUGGAGCUACUGCUUGGUUCUCUGAGAGAUCCCAGCACCCUGCAAACUGAGUCCAGAUCUGAGUUUUCCCUUGCAGAUUCAUCAAGAUGAGCAUCAGGGCCCCACCCAGACUCCUGGAGCUGGCAAGGCAGAGGCUGCUGAGGGACUAGGCCUUGGCCACCUCCGCCAUGGAGGAGCUGCCCAGGGAGCUCUUCCCCACACUGUUCAUGGAGGCCUUCAGCAGGAGACGCUGUGAAACCCUGAAAACGAUGGUGCAGGCCUGGCCUUUCACCUGCCUCCCUCUAGGGUCCCUGAUGAAGUCACCUCAUCUGGAGUCGUUAAAAUCUGUGCUGGAGGGGGUUGAUGUGCUGCUGACCCAGGAGGUUCACCCCAGGCAGUCAAAACUUCAAGUGCUGGACUUGAGGAAUGUGGAUGAGAACUUCUGCGACAUAUUGUCUGGAACUGCUGCAUCCUUCCUGGAGGCUCCGAGUCAGAAGCAAACAGCAGAUAACUGUCCAGGGACAGGCGGGCAGCAGCCAUUGAUGGUGUUCGUAGACCUUUGCCUCAAGAACAAGACGCUGGAUGAAUGCCUCAUCGACCUCUUAGAGUGGGGCAAGCAGAGAAAAGGCUUACUGCACGUGUGUUGCAAGGAGCUGCAGGUUUUUGGAAUGCCCAUCCACAGUAUCAUAGAAGUCCUGAACAUGGUGGAGCUAGACUGUAUCCAGGAAGUGGAAGUGUGCUGCCCCUGGGAGCUGUCCAUUCUUGUGAAGUUUGCCCCUUACCUGGGCCAGAUGAGGAAUCUCCACAAACUUGUUCUCUUCAACAUCAGUGCAUCUGCCUGCGUUCCCCCAGACAACAAGGGGCAGUUCAUUGCCCGAUUCACCUCUCAGUUCCUCAAGCUGGACUAUUUCCAGAAUCUGUCUGUGCACUCUGUCUCUUUCCUCGAAGGCCACCUGGACCAUCUGCUCAGGUGUCUCCAGGCCCCCUUGGAGAUGGUCGUUAUGACCGACUGCCUGCUGUCAGAGUUGGACUUGAAGCAUCUCUCUUGGUGCCCGAACAUCUGUCAGUUAAAGGAGCUGGACCUGAGGGGCAUCACACUGACCCAUUUCAGCCCCUCGCCCCUCGCAGGUCUGCUGCAGCAAGUUGUGGCCACCCUGCAGACCCUGGACUUAGAGGACUGUGGGAUCGUGGAUUCCCAACUCAGCGCCAUCCUGCCUGCCCUGAGCCACUGCUGCCAGCUCAGCACCUUCAGCUUCUGUGGGAACCUCAUCUCCAUGGCCGCCCUGGAGAACCUGCUGCGCCACACCGUCUGGCUGAGCAAGCUAAGCCUGGAGCUGUAUCCUGCCCCUCUGGAGAGUUAUGACACCCACGGUGCUCUCUGCUGGGGGAGAUUUUCUCAACUUGGGGAUGAGCUGAUGAAGACACUGAGGGACUUAAGGCAGCCCAAGAUCAUUGUGUUCAGCACCGUCCCCUGCCCUCGCUGUGGCAUCAGGGCCUCCUAUGACUUGGAGCCCAGUCACUGCCUCUGUUGA